GGUUUUUCUCCAGUCCCUGUGCGCCGUCUUGUGAUAACAGUGAAGAUUGCAGAAAGUCCGCGACUCCGAAAGAGCGAGCGAGAGAAUUAGCCCACGAAACCUAAUCGGCGACGAUGAUCUACGACGUGAACUCACCCCUCUUCCGAUCCUUCCUCAGCCAGAAGGGUAGCUCCUCUGACAAGAGGAAAUUGGAAGAGCAGAAACCAAAGGAGCAGAGACCCAAAGCAAGCGAGAAUAAGCCUAUUAUGACAGAGUGAUAUCCACUUGGGCUUUUUAUGUUUAAAAUGGGGUUGAGUGGUUGAUGUUUGAACUGCUAUUCUAAAUGUCAACUUAUUCUUGAUUAAACCUAUGGUUUUAUGACUUUCCUUUUGACUUUGUAAUGAUCUCUGCUUGGACAUGGAUGUUAUUUUGAGUUUAUAAUGGGAUUAUCAAGGACUGCUGGUUGACUUAAA